ACUGGUACAAGCUGUCAACAACGUGUGUGGUUGUUAGAUACAUGUAUUGAUACUUGUAGUUAAUCAAUAAAAAAACGGAUUCUGUAGCUAGCAAACAUCUAUUAUUGAGCAGAGAUGGAAGCGACUGAAACAAAUUAUGCAUGUAACAGUAGUGAGUUUAGAAGAAGCGAGUUAUCAGACACAGAACUUGAGAUUGUGGGACAACCCUACUCAAUCUCGGUGCUCAAAGUAGGCUAUUGUCUGUCCGAACAGGACGGUUCUUUUCGAGCAGACGGGACUAUCACUCUUCUAACGGGACCUAGAACUAUUCUAGUAGACACCGGAGGACCGUGGGACCGGGACUUUCUAGUGAAACGGCUGAAGGAUAAGCGAUUAGACCCGGGUGAUAUCAGCAUGGUGGUGGGGACACAUGGACACUCCGAUCAUGUUGGUAAUCUGGGGCUGUUUCCAGGGGCAACAAUAGUUGUGGGGUGUGACAUCAGUGAGGGGGAUAGGUACCUUCCUAACCAGCUGUCUGAGGGGCAACCCUAUCCUAUUGAUGAACAUGUGUCAAUAGUACCCACUCCAGGCCACACAGGGCGUGAUGUGAGCCUUCUUGUGAAGGGAACCACAAUGGGCACGGUGCUUGUUGCCGGGGACCUAUUUGAACGUUGCACUGAUGACGACAGUUGGAGAGAAUUGAGUGAGAAUCCUGCAGUUCAGGAGGCCAGCCGACAAGAGGCGCUACGCACCUCUGAUGUCAUCAUCCCGGGACACGGGUUGCCGUUCAGGAUCCACAGGGAGGAGGUGGAUGGACGCUCCGGGUAGAAACUGCCCUUAGGCACAGAUCAGUUUUAGCCUUCCUCUCUCUAACCUUAGCAAUGUGGGGGAAGAAGUGCAAAACCUUAGAUCAGUGGUUAAAUGUAACCACUGAUGCGUACAGUGCAUUUGGAAAGUAUUCAGACCCCUUCCCUUUUUCCACAUUUUGUUACGUUACAGCUUUAUUAUAAAAUGUAUUUAAAAAAAAAUACAUCUCAUCAAUCUACACGCAAUACCCCAAAAUGACAUCACGAUACCCCAUAAUGACAAAGCAAAAAAAGGUUUUUAGACAUUUUAGCAAAUUGUUUGUAGAGCUCUGUGACAGGAUUGUGUCGAGGCACAAAUCUGGGGAAGGGUACAAAAACAUUUCUGCUGCAUUAAAGGUCCGCAAGAACACAGUGGCCUCCGUCAUUCUUAAAUGGAAGAAGUUUGGUACCACCAAGACUUCCUAGAGUUGGCCGCCUGGCCAAACUGAGCAAUCUGGGGAGAAGGGCCUUGGUCAGGGUGGUGACCAAGAACCCAAUUGUCACUCUGACAGAGCUCCAGUUCCUCUGUGUAGAUGAGAGAACCUUCCAGAAGGACCACCAUCUCCGCAGCACUCCACCAAUCAGGCAAUUAUGGUAGAGUGGCCAGACAGAAACCACUCCUCAGUAAAAGUCACAUGACAGCCCGCUUGGAAUUUGCCCAAAGGCACCUAAAUGACUCUCAGACCAUGUGAAACAAGAUUCUCUGGUCUGAUGAAACCAAGAUUUAACUUUUUGCCCUGAAUGCCAAAUAUCAAGUCUGGAUGAAACCUGGCACCAUUCCUACGGUGAAGCAUGGUGGAGGCAGCAUCAUGCUGUGGGGAUGUAUUUCAGGCACUGGGAGAGUAGUCAGGAUUGAGGGAAAGAUGAACAGAGCAAAGUGCAUAGAGAUCCUUGAUGAAAACCUGCUCCAGACCCCUCAGGACCUCAGACUGGGGCGAUGGUUCACCUUCCAAUAGGACAACGACCUUAAACACACAGCCAAGACAAUGCAGGACAUGUCUCUGAAUGUUCUUGAGUGGCCGAGCCAGAGCCCGGACUUGAACCUGAGUAAAGGGUCUGAAUACUUACAGUACAAAUCAGAAGUUUGGACACACCUACUAAUUCAAGGGUUUUUCUUAAUUUUUUACGAUUUUUUACAUUUUAGAAUAAUAGUGAAGACAUCAAAACUAUGAAAUAACACAUGGAAUCAUGUAGUAACCAAAAAACUGUUAAACAAAUCCAAAUAUGUUUUAUAUUUCAGAUUCUUCGAAGUAGCCACCCUUUGGCUUGAUAACAGCUUUGCACACUCUUGGGAUUCUCUCAACUAGCUUCAUGAGGUGGUCACCUGGAAGGCAUUUCAAUUAAUAAGUGUGCCUUGUUAAAAUUUCAUUUGUAGAAUUUCUUUCCUUAAAACCUUUUGUGACUAGGGGGCAGUAUUUUCAUUUUUGGGAGAAUUUUGUUUCCCCCGUAGCAAACGGGAUAUUUUGUCAGGACAAGAUGCUAGAAUAUGCAUAUAAUUGACAGCUUAGGAUAGAAAACACUCUAAAGUUUCCAAAACUGUAAAAAUAGUGUCUGUGAGUAUAACAGAACUGAUGUUGCAGGCGAAAGCCUGAGAAAAAUCCAAUCCGGAAGUGCCUCAUGUUUUGAAAGCGCUGUGUUCCAAUGUGUCCCUAUUGAGCAGUGAAUGGGCUAUCAACCAGAUUACUCUUUCUCCAUAUUCCCGAAGGUGUCUACAGCAUUGUGACGUAGUUUUACGAAUUUAUGUUAAAGAAUACCUGUAGGCGGCUACAUUGCGCAAGUGGUCACCUGAUGCUCCCAGAGAGAUUCUCUCGUAAAAUACAGAGAUAGCCAUUACUCCAAUCGGUCCUACUGAAAAACUAAUUGUCCCGAUGGAUAUAUUAUCAAAUAGAUAUUUGAAAAACACCUUGAGGAUUGAGUAUAAACAACGUUUGCCAUGUUUCUGUCGAUAUUAUGGAGCUAAUUUGGAAGAUCUUUCGGCGUUUUCGUGACUGCAAUUUCCGUACGAUUUCUCAGCCAAACGCAAAGAUCAAACGGAGCUAUUUCACCUACAAAAAUAAUAUUUUUGGAAAAAAGGAACAUUUGCUAUCUAACUGGGAGUCUCGUGAGUGAAAACAUCCGAAGCUCAUCAAAGGUAAAGAUUUAAUUUGAUUGCUUUUCUGAUUUCCGUGACCAAGUUACCUGCUGCUAGCUGGACAAAAUGUUAUGCUAGGCUAUAGAUAAACUUACACAAAUGCUUGUCUAGCUUUGGCUGUAAAGCAUAUUGUGAAAAUCUGAGAUGACAGGGUGAUUAACAAAAGGCUAAGCUGUGUCUCAAUAUAUUUCACUUGUGAUUUUCAUGAAUAGGAAUAUUUUCUAGGAAUAUUUAUGUCCGUUGCGUUAUGCUAAUUAGUGUCAGUCGAUGAUUACGCUCCCUCAUGCGGGAUGGGGAGUCACUAGAGUUAAAUUCUUAACCUAAGUCUACCAUAAUUAAAACUUAUUCUUGCUAACUUUAUAACCUUAUUCAACAACAAAAUAUAAUAAUACUAUUAUAUCAAUUUCACAGCCUUGUUGUGUUACUCUUCUCACAAAAAUAUCAUUUGCAUACAACAACAGCUAAGGGAAAAUACAACUUAUCUAGGUUACUAAACAUUACUUAAGCCAAAAUAGUAAUCAGUAUUACAAAUGACCUUCAAUUCAUUAUCCCAAUGGCUUUCCCAUGAGGCUGAUCAAACCACAAUAGAAAGUCGUGAUAUAGGUCAUACAAACCCUUCAAAUAAGUGUUUCUUACUAUAUUAGACAAAUUAAAGAAAAAACAUCUAACAUUUUCUACAUGUUGUAUCCCAGGUUCCCAGAACAUUCCUUUAUCAAAAUAAUUAACUUUUUAAAUUUGAACUCAGAAAAUAAAACUUCUAAAAUGUCAUGUGUGUGCGUGCCCCUUUAAGAUAUUGUGGCACUAAAACAAAUGGAAAUCUCACCAAACCCAAAGGAAAUAGAACACACCAAUCCAAACAUAGUAUUUUAAAAAUAUCAACAAAUAGUUAUACACUUUUUGUUGUAUGUGGGUAUUUGCAAACCCUAGGUUAAAAACAAACAAAACAUUUCCAGGCUUUUUCAAUUUGGUUGUUUUUAUGCCUCUAUCUCACGCACUCUCCCCAAGAUUAUAUCGCCAGGAAACAUUCCAAGGAGAGAGAGAACAACUGAUGCCCCUGAGAUAAAUGUCUAUGUAUCAGUGGAAGAGCUCCAGGUGGUAUCCAAUUUUAAGUACCACGGCAGCAUAUUCUUCCUCACAUUUAUCUUGACCAAUGCUUUAUAAGAAUUUAAUCCAGUCCAUUCUAAGUCAUUUUUUAGUAUGUUUAGAAUUUAACCCCAAACUAAUGAAUACAGAUUACGGACCUUAUCUUGCAGCUGAGAAUUCAAUGUAGGUUGGAUCUCGUCACCAUUUCUGCCGUGUACCAGUUCGCCACCGGCCUGUAAAGAACCCUCAGAAUGGGGCCAAGUCAACCCGUGUACGGUUUUCGGCACUCCCAUAGGACAACAGAAACAGGUAUUGAAAUCCGGCUCGAAGGACCAAGUUGUCACGAGAAUUUUCAAUACUAUAGCUUUGACCAAUUUCCCUUAGGUUGUAAAGCUAGGGUUAAUAAGAAUUAGGCAAAGACUCAGAUUCUGCAAAAGGUUCGGUGUAGAUUAUUCAUGAGAGCUCUCCAAAGUCAACCAAAAUUUGAAGUCUUUAUAACCCCCUCUACGCGCACACACACACACAAACACACACACACACACACACAGGUUUAUCACUUUUCUACCAGCCUUAGAAGUUUCUCGUCGUUCUCUCCUCUCCUCCCUAGAUUAGAGAGGCCUUGGAAGUGAUAAACAACAGGCCCUCCUGUUGUCAGCUUUUUCAGAGUUAUCAUGUGUAGUCUACCAGCCUCUGUUUUCUCCCUCUUACAUACACACACAUACAUUAUUAGAAUUAUAGUAUCAUAUGUUUCAGGGUAGAAUUCUUUAGUCAUUACGUUAAACCGUCUCCUCCCUUUACUACUAUCACUACUUUUACUACAGUCAUGAUGUUGCCCUCUUUGGGUACAGCAAGCCCCAUCCCCCUCUCCCUGUCUCCUACACACAGGCUGCUGUGGUCAGAGAGAGGUCGUAAAUUCCUGGAGGAGAUUAUCUCCUCAUGGCCACAGUAUAGAGACAGAGUGAAUUAUCUUCCACCUCACAGAACUUGAGGUCCGAACAACAUUUAUGUUCUGGAGAAGGUAUAAAUGUUCGGUGUAGAAUCCAGCUACGAACUGGUUUGUUUGGUACAAUUUUGUGACACUCAUGGGAGACAAUACGGUCACAUUACCAUAACGCUGUUUAUAUAAUAGCCUCAGAUAUGAGGUUUACAUCUAAUUGUUGUAUAAGAUGAAUGAGUGAAGAUGAUACUGUUUGUAAAAUUGUGUAAUGUGAUUUAGCGGGAUCAUUUUCGUCAACAUCUGCUGAAUUGCAGAGCGCCAAAUUCUAAUUAAAUUACUAAAAAUAUUUAAUAUUCAUGAAAUCACAAGUGCAUUUUUUCAAAACACAGUUUAGCUUGUUGUUAAUCCACCUGGUGUGUCAGAUUUCAAAAAAGUUUUACAGCUAAAGCAAACCAAGCGUUUAUGUAAGGACAUCUCUCUCAGCAGACAAAACAUUACAAACAGCUAGCAGCAAAGUAGAUUGGUCAGAAAAGCAAUAAAAUGAAUCGCUUACCUUUGAUGAUCAUCGGAUGUUUGCACUCACGAGACUCCCAGUUACACAAUAAAUGUUCCUUGUGUUCCAUAAAGAUUUUUUUUAUAUCCAAAAUACCUCCAUUUGGUUGGCGCGUUUUGUUCAGAAAUCCACAGGCUCGAGCGUUCACGACGGGGCAGACGAAGAUUCCAAAUAGUAUCCGUAAAGUUCGUAGAAACAUGUCAAACGUUUUUUAUAAUCAAUCCUCAGGUUGUUUUUACAAUAAAUAAUCGAUAAUAUUUCAACCGGACCAUAUCUUUUUCAAUAGGAGAGAGAGAGAAAAUGUCUGCUCCAAGCUGUUGCGCAUGCAAAACUCUGCUGGCACCCAGCCACCCACUGACGCGAUGUGAUCGUUCUCGCUCAUUUUUCAGAAUAAAAGGCUGAAACUAUGUCUGAAGACUGUUCACACCAUGUGGAAGCCAUAGAGAAAGGAAUCUGGUUGAUAUCCUUUUAAAUGGAGGGAAGGCAGGCAAUGAAACAGGGAGCUUUCAAAAUAAGAGGCACUUCCUAGUUGGAUUUUCCUCAGGUUUUCACCUUCAAUAUCAGUUCUGUUAUACUCACAGACAAUAUUUUGAUAGUUUUGGAAACUUUAGUGUGUUUUCUAUCCUAAUCGGACAGGUAUAUGCAUAUUCCAGCUUCUGGGCCUGAGAAAUAGACCGUUUCAUUUGGGUACGUUUUUCAUCCAAACAUCAAAAUACUGCCCCCUACACUCAACAGGUUAAUGAAGGAAACUCCUAUUCCCUUUUGAGUUGAACUAAAUCUGAGGACCGCCCAUGAGCCCAGUUCGGACCUGGCGUCAUAAGAGAGCCUUUUUCUGCUCUCCCGAAUAAAACCCCCACUUUGAGAAUUUCUCAACAGACCAUGUUUCCCUCAAUUACGAGAGGACAAAGGUUGCAGACCAGCUUACCUUGAUAACGAGAGGGCCAAGGUUUGAGUAGAUGGCUGAAUAUUUUAACCAUACCACGUGGUUAAACUCUUAGACUAUCGAUACCAACUGAAUAAGAACAAGUCUUUGAUAUUAAUUACUAGUCUGCAGCUAGGAAUUCGGUAUCAUUGAACGCGAAGACCGACAACCGCUGAAACAUCUAUCCAUAACAACAUGAAUGAAUGUCACUCUGAACUAUCCAUUCUAACCACGACAGAGAGGGCGGACAAACUGUCCAAUAGAAACAAACUUUUCAACAGAGACCCCGAUGACACACUGAGCAUAAAUAUAUAUAUAUUGAUUGCAAUUGUUCCCGAAUGAGUGAGCGUUCAUGUGCAAAGGAUUAGUAUUUCAAUUGUUAGAAUUAUCAACUGUGUCUUAUCUCAUUCGACCCCCACUUCCCUUUUGUACACCAAACCGCGAUGCCAGUUUAUCCCACUUGGGAAACUCCGUUGUCAUUUCCUUGUAACUAUCUACUGUUUGUUUAUGCAUUUCUGUGAAUUACUUAGUUAGUAAAUAAAUUAUUUAAGACAAUUUAUGUAUGGAUGACUCAUAGUGAAAACUGGGUUUGUUCAGAUAACCAAGAAUUUACAACGUUUGGUAUGAGACUAACUUGAGGUAAAUAAUAAUUCAUUAAUUCCAAGACUAAUUGAUCAGAUACAAAAAUAUCUGAAGAGUUAUAUUAGGAAAAUUAUAAUUUUGUAAUCUGAAUAUUUUCCUUGGUGCCCCGACUUCCUAGUAAAUUACAUUUGCCCGAUUCGUUAAUUACAGAGAAUCUUUGAUAAAAAAAACUAAGUCUUCAGUUAAUGAUAGUAAAGGCACGACACUACUAUUACUACUUUUACUAUUACUAAUAUUACUAUUGUUAUUAUUACUAUUAUUACUACUACUACUACUUUUACUACUGGUAUUACUACUAUUAC